CCUUCUGUGCCUCCUCCUCCUUUUUUCUGUUUUUCUUUCCAAAGAGCAGCUUCCUUUUACACUGAAAAAUGGAGGCGAGAAGUGAUCAUUCACUGGCUUUCUCUGUCAGGGUCUUCACUCUGCAGGAAAAGGAGGAGCAGGUUCAAGGAGAGGUGAGCAGAGACCAGCAUGUGAAUGUAUGCAGACAGAGAAACGACCAAGAACUCACUCUUCAUCUCACCACAGGACAGGAAGUUCAGCAGGUAACUGUGCAGGAUGCCAACAAAGCAUUGGUUUUCCAGUUUACUGUUUCCGAGGAGAUGGACUGCUGCCAGGUUGGAGGUCAGUCCUUCUUAGUCACCAACAACAGCAACUUCAGUCUUCUGCUGCAAUUCAAAACUCCAGCUGAUAUGCAGAACUUCCAGAGAUUACUGAAGACUGAGGAAAAUGAAGAGAACGGGAAAGGUUGGAUUGAAGUACAUCAGGGAGGCAAUAAGGAUGCAGAGAGAGGACCAACAAUGUUUAACAAAAGGAUUGAAAAGAACCCUGCACAGUGCUACCAGUUCCACAGCUGUCUGACCCAGCAGCAAAGCCUGCUUCAGGACUACUUGAGGAAUGCCACCUAUCAGAAAGCCAUUUUAGUCAAUGAGGCUGACUUCAGAGACAAGGUGGUUCUGGAUGUGGGCUGUGGUUCUGGUAUUCUGUCUUUUUUUGCAGUCCAGGCAGGGGCUGCCAGAGUGUAUGCUGUUGAGUCCAGCCCUAUGGCCAAGUAUACACAGAUCCUGGUCGAGGAUAACCGUCUCUCUGAGCACAUCAGGGUCUUUGAGGGGGAGGUGGAGCAGGUCAAUCUUCCUGACAUGGUGGAUGUCAUCAUCUCUGAGCCCAUGGGUUAUAUGUUAGUUAACGAAAGGCUCAUGGAGAACUUCUUGUUUGCCAGGAGAUGGCUCAAACCCAAUGGUGUGAUGUUUCCCUCCUAUGGAGACAUUCACGUGGCUCCUUUCAGUGAUGACCAGCUGUACUUUGAGCACUACGCACGGGCCAAUUUCUGGCAGCAGAGGAGCUUCUAUGGUGUGAACCUGAGUGCUCUUCACAAUGCUGCGGUGGAAGAGUUAUUCAGGCAGCCUAUAGUGGACACAUUUGAUGUUCAUAUCCUGAUGGCCAGGUCUGUCAAGCACUGCAUCAAUUUCAUGGAAGCUAAAGAAGAGGAUUUACUCAGAAUAGAGAUUCCCUUUGUGUUUACUCUGCUCCAGUCUGGUCUGAUCCAUGGACUUGCCUUCUGGUUUGAUGUGGCCUACCUGGGAUCCAAGGCCACAGUAUGGUUCUCCACUGCUCCCACAGAGCCUCUGACCCGCUGGUCCCAGGUCAGAUGUCUACUUCAAACGCCGCUCUUUGCCAAGCUUGGACAGACUUUGUCUGGGACAGUCCAACUGGCUGCUAACAACAGACAAAGCUAUGACAUCCACAUCACAGCUACAGUGGACCAAUCAGGCUUCAGAUCUGGGAACAUCCUGGAUCUCAAGAAUCCUUUCUUCAGAAGUUACCCAAGUGGAAAUCUUCAAAGUUCAUUUUGUCAGUAGACCAAAUUUAAACAUGAGUACCAUGGUAAAAGGUCAAAAAAAGAAGAAGAAAAAAAGAGUAAUGUAUAGUUGUCCAAAAUUUGUACAGUUCAUGUAAGUUCUAUGUUCAUAAAUAUCCAUCCAUCCAUCCAUCCAACAUCUUCUGUUUAUCUGGGCAUGGGUCGCGUGGGCAGCAUUCUAAGCAGAGACGCCAAGACCUCCCACUUCCCAGCCACCUCCUUCAGCUUAUCCAGGGGAACACCAAGUUUUCCCAGGCCAGCUGAGAGAUGUAAUCUCCCCCAGCAUGUCCUGGGUCUGCUUGGGGCCUCCUUCUGGUGGGACAUGCCCAAACACCUCACCCAGGAGGCAUCCUAAUCAGAUGCCAGAACCACCUCAAUUGGCUCCAUGCUUCUACUCUGAGUCCCUUUCAAAAGACUGAACUCCUCACACUCUCUCUAAAGGAGAGGCCAGCUACCCUUUGGAAAAAACUAAUUUCUGGCACUUGUUUCUGUGUUCUUGUUUUUCUUUCAGUCACCAUCCAGAGCUUGUGACCAUAGGUGUGGAUAGGGAUGUAUGUAUGACAGCUUAGCCUUCUACACUAUGACAAGCUGGUAUAGCCCCAAUCUCUCUGUCAGUCUCUUGUUUCCCUCUCCCCUCACUCAUGAACAAGACCCUAAGAUAUGUAACCCUUUGGGGUCCACGGAUGCGCCAGCGCAUCCAAAUCACAUGACCAAUUUAAGAUGACAGAGCAAUAAGUUGGAGCCACCCUGAGUCUCCAUUUUAACUUGUGUUGAAAAUGUGGACUUCAAACUAUAUACCAGUUUUUAAAUUGUGUUGAUAGGCCAUGUAAUACCAGAGUUAGGAUUAAAUAAAAUAUGCAAUGUUUUUUUCCUGAAUACUAUCGUAAUGUUUACUGCAGGAAGAAGAGCACAAGAGCAAAAGAAAGAGCGAGAUAGCCAGUUUUGAAAUGUGAGAGAUUUGUGACGUUUAGUGUGUUUGGAGUGUGAAGUUAGUCUGUUGUCUUGUGUAGUUAGUAUUUAGUGUAGUUGUUUGUUUUGUUUUGUGUGUCAAAAUACCUCCUGCUUCCAGGCCUGCAGGUAUCAGGCUGGUUAUGUGCUCCUCUGUCUUAUGGUGGACAGAAAUGAUUUUUUUGGAGUGGCACAAAUAAUUUGUGCAGCAUCUUAUUUGAUACAAAACACCUGACUGUUCUGUAAACUGUUUUAAAUGGUUACAAAAAAAUAACACCUGAUGCCUUGGCUGCAUUUUUAGGAAAACAGUUGCAUAUAACUUUGUCUGCAAAACUUGUGCAUAUGUUUUUAAAAUGUACAAUUUCUAUUUUCAUUUUAAACAAAAAAUAAUUCAUUAAACAUGUUCAUGGUUUUUGCAGUAAAAAAU